GCCGGGAUCGCCGAGCCCGACCUCGGGCGCCCCGCCGGUCACCUCCCCGCGCGGACACCAGCCCUGCAGAGCCCAUGGAGGCAGACAGCGUCCUGGCCAGAGGGGCGGCCCCAGGGCCCCCCCGACCUGGCCUGGUGCCCAUCAGCAUCAUUGGGGCUGAGGAUGAGGAUUUUGAGAACGAACUGGAGACGAACUCAGAGGAGCAAAACAGCCAGUUCCAGAGCCUGGAGCAGGUGAAGCGACGCCCAGCCCACCUGAUGGCCCUCCUGCAGCACGUGGCCCUGCAGUUCGAGCCAGGACCCCUGCUCUGCUGCCUGCACGCGGACAUGCUGGGCUCACUGGGCCCCAAAGAGGCCAAGAAGGCCUUCCUCGACUUCUACCACAGCUUCCUGGACAAGACCGCGAUUCUGCGGGUGCCUGUGCCUCCCACGGUCGCCUUUGAACUGGACCGCACACGGCCUGACCUCAUCUCCGAGGACAUCCAGCGGCAGUUCGUGCAGGAGGUGAUGCAGAACCAGCAGGCCGCCGUCAGCCGGCAGCUGGAGGACUUCCGCUCCAAGCGGCUCAUGGGCAUGACACCCUGGGAGCAGGAGCUGGCCCAGCUGGAGGCCUGGGUGGGGCGGGACCGCGCCAGCUUCGAGGCCCGGGAGCGGCACGUGGCAGAGCGGCUGCUGGCCCACCUGGAGGAGAUGCAACACACCAUCUCUGCCGACGAAGAAAAAAGUGCCGCCGUGGUCAGCGCCAUCAGCCUGUACAUGCGCCAUCUUGGGGUGCGGACCAAGAGCGGGGACAAGAAGUCGGGGAGGAAUUUCUUCCGGAAAAAGGUGAUGGGGAACCGGCGGUCAGACGAGCCGACCAAGACCAAGAAAGGACUGAGCAGCUUCCUGGACGCUGCCCGGUGGAACCGGGGAGAGCCACCGGCCCCAGAUUUUCGACACCUCAAAGUGGAGGCUGAAGCUGAGAAGCCUGGCCUCACAGACCGGAAGGGAGGCCUGGGGGUGCCCUCCCGGGACCGUAAUGUCGGGGCCCCUGGACAAGACUCCCCCGGAGUGUCACUGCAUCCUCUGUCUGGGGACAGCCCUGACCGGGAACCGGGUGUUGAUGCCUCACCGGAGCUGGGGGACCCACCCCUGCAGGGCCCAGCCAGCCUGGAGCCCCCGGCGCCCCUGGAGAGCACCGAGGAGGGUCCUGAUACCGAGAGAAGGUGGAAGAGGCUAUCGGGGCGUCUGGGGCGCUCGGAGAGCCUGCGGGUGAGUGACCGCCGCCGGCCUUCCCGGGGCAGCCUCGGGGCUAAGGGCCGGGGUGGGGGCCGCUCCCGAAGCGACGUGGACAUGGACCCCAGCUCUGCCACGGCCGUGCUUGGCCCUGCCCGACGAGCCACCCCCGAGCCUGGAGAUGAGGGGGAGCCGGGACGGUCAGGACUAGAGCUGGAACCAGAAGAACCCCCCGGCUGGCGGGAGCUCGUCCCCCCAGGCACCUUGCACAGCCUGCCCAAGAGCCAGGUGAAGCGGCAAGAGGUCAUUAGCGAGUUGCUGGUGACGGAAGCCGCCCACGUGCGCAUGCUGCGGGUGCUGCACGACCUCUUCUACCAGCCCAUGGCCGACGGCGGCUUCUUCCCCCUCGAGGAGCUGCAGAACAUCUUCCCCAGCCUGGACGAGCUCAUCGAGGUGCACUCCCUGUUCCUGGAUCGCCUGAUGAAGCGGAGGCAUGAGAGCGGCUACCUCAUCGAGGAGAUCGGAGAUGUGCUGCUGGCCCGGUUUGAUGGUGCCGAGGGCUCCUGGUUCCAGAAAAUCUCCUCCCGCUUCUGCAGCCGCCAGUCGUUUGCCUUAGAGCAGCUGAAAGCCAAGCAGCGCAAGGAGCCUCGUUUCUGCGCCUUCGUGCAGGAGGCCGAGAGCCGCCCACGGUGCCGCCGCCUGCAGCUGAAGGACAUGAUCCCUACGGAGAUGCAGCGGCUGACCAAGUACCCCCUGCUCCUGCAGAGCAUCGGGCAGAACACAGAAGAGCCCGCGGAACGGGAGAAAGUGGAGCUGGCGGCCGAGUGCUGCCGGGAGAUUCUGCACCACGUCAACCAGGCCGUGCGGGACAUGGAGGACCUGCUGCGGCUGAAGGAUUAUCAGAGGCGCCUGGACUUGUCCCACCUGCGGCAGAGCAGUGACCCCAUGCUGAGCGAGUUCAAGAACCUGGACAUCACUAAGAAGAAGCUGGUCCACGAAGGCCCACUGACGUGGCGGGUGACAAAGGACAAGGCUGUGGAGGUGCACGUGCUGCUGCUGGACGACCUGCUGCUGCUGCUCCAGCGCCAGGAUGAGCGGCUGCUGCUCAAGUCGCACAGCCGGACACUGACGCCCACGCCCGACGGCAAGACCAUGCUGCGGCCCGUGCUGCGGCUCACCUCUGCCAUGACCCGCGAGGUGGCCACCGAUCACAAAGCCUUCUAUGUUAUUUUUACCUGGGACCAGGAAGCCCAGAUAUACGAGCUGGUGGCACAGACCGUGUCGGAGCGGAAGAACUGGUGUGCCCUGAUCACCGAGACCGCCGGAUCCCUGAAGGUCCCUGCCCCUGCCUCCCGCCCCAAACCCCGGCCGAGCCCAAGCAGCACCCGGGAACCCCUGCUCAGCAGCUCUGAGAAUGGCAACGGUGGCAGCCGAGAGAUGCCAGCAGCUGAUGGCCGGAUCGAGAGGACCCUCAGCGCCCUCCUGCCCUUCUGCAGGCCUGGCCCCGAGGGCCAGCUUGCCGCCAGAGCCCUUCAGAAAGUGCUGUCCCUGAAGCAGCUCCUGCUCCCCUCAGAGGAAGACAGUGGGGCCGGACCUCCCCGUGAAGGGGAUGGAGUCCCGGGGGGCGGCCCCCGGAGCCCCACACAGACCCAGGAAAUCCGAGAGGAGCUACUCAGCCUGGAGGAGACCAUUAAACAGCUGGAGGAGGUGGAGGAGGAGUUUUGUCGCCUGCGACUCAUCUUGUCUCAGCUCGGGGAGAACACUGUCCCCCAGUCUGGCUGUACCUGAGGCCCCCUGCCCCAGGCAGGCCUUCUGCAAGAUGGAGAGGAGGUGAGGACCACCCACCACCACUGCACAGCUGCCGCAGCAUCUGCAACCCCGAGGCCCCAAGGAGAGGGAGCCGGGCUUUCGGGGCCACGUCUGAGAGUGUCCAGCUGGGAUCACUGCCUCCCCCCAACCUCCCGUCGGCCUUGGCCUUCUGCUUGGGGGACUCAGGGCAUCAUUCCUGGGGGCACCACAGUGAUCACCAUUUCCCAGGCCAUCUCAGUAUUGCCGGGGGGGCCACCCUCCAUCCCCCACCCCUAAGUGCCUUUGCUCUGUUUUAUAUCCUGAAUUGGAAGUUUAUUUUUUAAUAUAUAGUA